AUGAAAUAUAGUGCAAAAUACCUGCAUUUGAUAAUAGCUAAUACGCUAUUUGUUACUGUUAUUAUUACCACAACCCUAGCGUAUUAUUAUGAGCACGUAACUUCUAUAAUACCAUACAUAAGCGAUACUGGAACGGUUGCACCGGAAAGUUGCAUUUUCGGUCAGUUUUUAAACAUAAUAUGGCUAUUACGUAAGUUCCAAACUUCCUUAUUAACACAUUACCUCCAUGAAAAAACUUUUAUAAUUUCAGUAUCAAUGGCAAUGUACAUCAAAUUCAGGCAAGUUCGCGAUAUUCUGUUUAAGCAUAACAUGACCCAUCGAAAUGCAUUUAAUACAGUCACUUUCGUAAUCGGUUUAAUAGCAUCGUUCGGCGUAAGCAUUGUCGCCAACUUUCAAGAAACCAACAUGCUAUACGUACAUUGGACUGGAGCAGUGUUAGCCUUCGGCGGAGGAGCUGUUUAUGUUUGUCUCCAAACGUCUUUGUAUUUGACGAUAACUCCGGUAAUCGGUCAGAUUCUUCUGACGAAAAUUCGGAUUUUCCUAUCAGCCUUAAUUACAGUAACUUUCGUCAUAUUUUUCAUCACAGGGAUGAUGUCGUAUAGUCAAUUCAAGGGGGAAAGUUACUUGAAAUGGCACAGAGAAAACGGCGGUUUCGAAUUGCACAACACUAGCGCGGUAACAGAAUGGAUUUGCGCGAUAGCGAUUAUGGUUUAUAUAAUGAUGAUGGGAGAAGAAUUCAAGACGAUUAACAUGUAUGAACCAGAAGUCGAUGUGGGUCUUCAACGCAUCAGCGACAAUUAA